AUGGAGGAAGAUUACAAAACUUCCCCCUCGACACAAGGAAUGGAUAUUGAACGAGAAGAUAAUAAAGUGGCAGAAGAAGUAGUAAAUAUCCUUCUAACAAAAUUUCAAAUACUUAAUGAUCUAAUUUUAGAAUUUGGUUCAAAUAUAAACUUAGCAGAGCAAAUAUCAAAAGAAUUGGAUGAAACUGCAGGGUAUUUGAUUUCAAUUCCAAAAAAUAAGCAAAAUUUUAUUCUUGAAAAUUUAGAGUAUCAACAUAUCGGUAACACAAUGAAAAUAAUAGAAAUAAUUGCCUCUUUUAGUGAGAUUUCACCUGAAUUUAAAGAAUUAAUCUCAAAAGAAUUGAAAAUUAUAGACAUUUUAUCAUCAAUUGAAGAGUUUUCAUUUUUAAACCUAAGCCAGUAUGCUGACUUAUUUAUAUUUCAGCACCUUUCAAUGAAUUUCACUCAUGAUGAAGAUAUAUUCACACGAAUUUUGUCAAUUAUCAGAAAAUCACUAUUUUCAGAUGCUGCAGAUAUAACUGUAUCAAUACUCUCUAUAGAAAAUGUGCUUGAUCUUGUUUCACAUGAGCAUGAUUUAUUUUAUGGAAAAAAUCUUGAAAAUAUAAUUAUGAUAACUUUUUAUUAUGCAAAUCAUCCAGAAUUUGAUCCUUCUAAUUUAAGUUUUGCAAUCAUAUUGAUUUUCAUUAAAGAUGACUUCGAAGAUCCGACUUCUUUGUGUUUCUUCUUUUGGUCAAUUUAUUAUCUUAUAAAUGGAGAUAGAUUUGACUAUGAUCAUAUUGAUGAUUUGUUUUCUUUCUUAGAUCGAAGUUUGCAUCAUUUAAAUUUCGAAACAAAAGUAUUAUUAACACAAGUACAGCAAAGAUAUCUAAUUCCGCUACUUAAGAUAUACUCAACACUGUCUAUCAAAGGAAUAUCAAUUCCUGCUCUUGAUCCAACACUUUUAGUAAGAAUUAUGCAAUUAGCAUCUUCUGAUUUAUUUAGUGAAUGCGAGAAUUUGAUUUUAUUGAAUAUUAUUCAUCGAAGUCCUGAAGAAAGAGUCGAUUUUAUGAAUUAUCUUAUUGGAAAUUCCGGAGAGAUUGAAUCUUCAAAAAAGGAAAACAUUUUAUAUAUUAUUGCAUCAAUAAUUAAUUCUCUGAGUGAUGACAUUCUUAGAACAAUUAUUUCACCUGAUCUCCUGGAAUUCCUGUUUUCAACUCUUGAUCAGCUUUCAAUCGAAAGUCUCAAGGUGUGUAUCAAGGCAAUUUAUAGAUUAUGGACAUCACUAAUACCUGUUUCUAAUGUUCAUUUAAUGAAAGACUUUAUCAACGAAAAUGAUUAUCUAAGUUCAUUUUCAGACAUCUCUGAAGAAAUUGAAGAUGAGGACUCUAUAGAAAUACUUGAUAAGAUUAUCGCUGAAUGUUCUGAUUAA